UUCCCUCUUCAUUCUCACCACCACCAUCAACCUUUUUCAAUUCCUCUCUAUGAUGUCAGCCCAGGUGUGAGACGAUAUGCAUGAUCCUCAUCUCUUUCUCUCUCUCACUCUCUCUCUCUAGUGAAGUUGCCUUCCCUCUCUCUCUCACUCUCUCUCUAGUGAACUUGCCUUUCUUUCUUCCUCCACAACCUCAUUUACACCUUUAGGGCUAGAUGCACACACACACACAAGACACAACUACUUUACCUCUCCAUCUCUCUCUAUUUAUAACUGUAGUUUGCCUUCUUCUCCAUCCAUUAUGCUAUCUCCUCUUCUCCUUCUCCUCCUACCUUGAGCUAGCUCCUUACUACCAAUCCUCUUCCAUGGGAGAUCCCUACACCAACUUCUUGAGAGGCUACCACCACCACCACCGCUCCCACCACCCCCUCCACUUCCCUCCGCCGCCGCCGCCGCCGCCUCCGCCCUACGCCGCCUCCUUCUCCGGCCUCUACUCCUCCUACCUCCACCCACCACCUCCCCCUUCCUCCCCUCCGAUCAGGGAAGCCCUCCCCCUCCUCAGCCUCACUCCCUCCACCACCCACGACGACGAUCACCACCACCGCCGCCAUGAUCAAGAUCAUCACCACCAUCACAAGCAAGGCCAAGAAAAGAACAGCCAUGGCGGCGGCGGCGCCGCUUCUUGCAGCAACAACGACGACAAACGAGAAUCACCAUCAGCAGCAGCAGCAGCCGAUGAUCAGGCGGCGGAGGUGACCGUGGCCCUGCACAUCGGCCUCCCGAGCCCGAGCCCCUCCGACGCCGCCGCCGCCGCCGGCAACCAAGCUGCAGCAGCAGCAGCAGCAGAAGCAUCGGCAGCAGGUGGAGGAAGCAGCAGGAUGCAAGUGGAGGAGGAAGGAGGAGAGGAGGAGGAUGAAGACGAGGCGGCGGCGGCGGCGGCGACGGCGACGCUGCCGCUGGGUUGCGCGUCCAUAGGGAUAGGGAAGCUGACCAAGGGGCAGUACUGGAUCCCCACACCGUCCCAGAUCCUCAUUGGCCCUACCCAGUUCUCCUGCCCCGUCUGCUACAAGACCUUCAACCGAUACAACAACAUGCAGAUGCAUAUGUGGGGGCACGGGUCGCAGUACAGGAAGGGGCCGGAGUCGCUGCGGGGGACGCAGCCGACGGCGAUGCUGCGGCUGCCGUGCUACUGCUGCGCGGCGGGGUGCCGGAACAACAUCGACCACCCGCGGGCGCGGCCGCUCAAGGACUUCCGGACGCUGCAGACGCACUACAAGCGGAAGCACGGGAUCAAGCCCUUCAUGUGCCGCAAGUGCGGCAAGGCGUUCGCCGUCCGCGGCGACUGGCGCACCCACGAGAAGAACUGCGGCAAGCUCUGGUACUGCGCCUGCGGCUCCGACUUCAAGCACAAGCGCUCCCUCAAGGACCACAUCCGCGCCUUCGGCCGCGGCCACGCCGCCUGCGGCAUCGACUCCUUCGACGACCUCGACGCCGAUGACGACCCCUCCUCCGACCUCGACCACGCCUCCGCCUCCGCUUCGCGAGUAGGGUGAGUGUUUGAUCGAUAUCGAGAUCGAGAUCGAGCUGAGCUAAUUAAUUUCCAUGAUAAUUAGUUAACCGUGCUGCUACUACUACUAUGUCUGUGAUUCUGUGUACACCACGGGAUUGGAAUGGAGAGGAUAUGGGGGUAUAGAUGAUGCAUGAUACUGCGAAUUUUCAAGGGUUUUUUUUUUAAUUUUGGGGGUAUAUUAAUGAAUUAGUUGAUGAUGAGGAACAAAUUAAUUACUACAUUUGCAGCAAGCUAGCAGAUGUGUGUGUACGUACUUUGUUCUCUAGAAAGUACUACGUACGACUUGAGUUCUAAUCGUUUGGUUGGAUGGAGAUACAGAACCCUAUAGCGGCUUCAUUGUAUGUGCAGACUUUUCAUUUGAUUUGGUAUAUGGUCAAAUUGGUGAUACGGGUUAAUUAAGAUUAA